AUGGCCGCGCUUCCAAGGGUUCAAUCCAUUUCAGGCAUACUUAUGCUAGCCUGUCUUUUUGGUGUACUUGUCACUGCUACAGCCGCCAUUCGCGACAAGGGAAAGCUGGUCUCGCUCGAUGGGAUUAAUUACUGGGUAGGAGGCGUUUCUGUCUCUAGGCUCUCAUCUCUCGCAACAGUCAACUGGAAUUGGACUGCCUCAGAUAUCGUCCCGUUGACCGUCAUCCGGACCAAUACAACAACCUUCACAUCAGGCGAUCUCGAAGAAACUGUCGCUAAAUUUACGGCUUCCGAUGAUGUCUUUGGACGUGGCUUCCUCGAAGUUAUAUUUGUUCAAUACAAUGGCCAGCGCCAGGGCCACAUUGCUUCCGAGUCGACCCUGGACUCACAUUCCAAUAUUGGCGGCAAUAUGUUGACUUUUAUCUCUUCCGAGUAUCAGCCUCAACAGCCUUCAAGUUUAGUCCAUGCCAAUCUACAAAAGAGCCUACCGAAUGGUCCAUACUUUAUAUCCCCUAGAACCGGUGAUAUUUUCAAAGCGUUCCGACUUUAUUCCGACCAUCAACUGGCUUUCACGGAAGGGACAGUCAGUGAUGAGAUGGGCGGCUUUUCACCUUUGCCAGCCGCAACAGAGGGUGCCAUGACCAAAAGCAUUGCCGUGCCAUCUAGGUUAUAUUAUACGCCUACCGUUGAGAAACCACUCGCUGGGCUGCGUUGUGGUGUCAAGGACAUCUUCGAUUUGAAGGGUCUGCGAACUAGCGGAGGCAACAGAGCCUUUUAUGACUUAUACCCUGCAAGAAACGCCACUGGCUCUGCUAUUCAACGUUUGAUUGAUGCGGGUGUGGUAAUUGUUGGCAAAAUGGGGACUGUUCAGUUUGCUAACGGCGAUAAUCCUACUGCUGACUGGGUGGACUUCCACUGUCCCUUCAAUCCGAGGGGCGACGGCUACCAAGCUCCAGGAGGCUCUUCAUCCGGACCAGGUGCUGGUAUUGCCUCAUACGAUUGGCUUGACAUUGCCAUUGGUAGCGAUACGGGUGGUUCCAUGAGAAAUCCUGGCAGUCUGCAAGGUGUUUUCGCCAAUCGACCCUCAACUGGUGCAAUUGAUCUUGACCACGUCCUUCCUCUAUGUCAUGAUAUUGACACGGCAGGGGUUUUCGCUCGCGAUGCUGAGAUAUGGUCUACCACGAUGCAUGCAUGGUAUCCAAACUUCACCGAUCAUCACAAGUACCCAAAGAGGAUAUUUUAUCAGAAUUCUUCCUUUCCUGAUUUUGAUACCGAUGCCGGCUCUUUACUUGAGGCUCUUGUUCAAAAGUUGGAGACGUUUUUGGGAGCUCAGCGGGAAUAUGUGGAUAUUGCUACUCGAUGGAAAGAAACACAUCCGAACAACGCACCUAACAGCCUGACGGAACUUCUUAAUACCACAUACGCUAUUCUCACAUCUGUUGGGCAGUAUCGCUCCUUGGCUUUACCCUUCUACAAAGACUACGCCGCGGAGCAUAAUGGCCGCCAUCCAUUUAUCAAUCCCGGUCCCUUAAAGCGCUGGGAAUGGGGCCAGGAUAACGGCGGAGAUUCUGCUUACAAUGUGGCACUGAAAAACAGGACAAUUUUCAGAGAUUGGUGGGAAACUGAGGCAUAUGGCAAAGCGGACCCACACACUUGCUCCGAGGGUCUGUACAUCUAUCCUUACAGCAAAGGGGAGACGCAAUACCGCAACGUCUAUCUUACUGCACCGACGGAACCGCCUAUGGGAUUCAAAGAUGGACGCAUAUCUAACAUGGCCGAUGUCCCCGAUUUCGUGGUUCCUGUGGGAGAGGUACCCUACAAUUCAACCAUAUCUUUCACCACAGAAUACAUGCCAGUCACUAUGAGUUUUGUCGCAGCGCGUGGCUGUGAUUUCAUGCUGGCAAAUCUAAUACGCGAUUUGCAGACUGCCGGCAUCCUCAAGCCAGUCAGCACAGGCUCAAGGAUGUAUCCAUAA